AUUUUUAUGAAACUCAUUAUUAAGCGGUUACUAUUUUACGAGACCUACGUUUAUUUUUAAUUGGCCUAUGCUUUCUUGUAGAUUAUUCUCACACAAACUCACGAUUCCAAUCUAUAAUUUCUCGAUACACACUCGUGUAUAGCUCAUGGUCUUCCAAGAAAACCAACAACUAGCUAUACAUAUAGUUGAACUCCUCUCUGCAAACUAUCAACACGUACUACGUUGGUGAAUAUGUGUAAGGAAGAAAGGGUGUCGAAUCAUGCAAUACACCAAGACAACCCUGCAUGCAGAAAGAAUCAAGACGAUUAACCAAACGAUUUGCCACGUCCCAAAACAGAACCUGCUUUUUUCCCCUUAAAUACCCUCUACCACUCACUACUCUUUCACCACAGUAGCCUUUCUUCUCCAUAGUAGCUCCUCCUCUCUUACCAAUGGCUUUCUCUUCUUUGCUCUCUCUAACUCUCUGCUUUCUUCUUUUUUUCCACGUCUGUUUUGCUCAGACAGAACAAGGGCCUGGAUUUUGGCCAAGGCCAUAUGGCCCAAAACGCUUCCAACGAGACGAGUGCCAAUUCGAACGCCUAAAUGUCCUCGAACCCUCUCGGAGGAUCCAAUCGGAGGCUGGUGUUACAGACGUCUGGGAUGAAAAUGAUGAUCAGUUCCAAUGUGCUGGUGUUGUAGUUGUGCGCCAUACUAUUGAAGAAAGAGGCCUUCUAUUGCCACAAUACGUCAAUGGACCAAAGCUCGUAUACGUAGUUCAAGGUAGAGGUCUUCACGGGGCUGUAUUACCAGGCUGUCCUGAGACGUUCCAGUCAUCACAAUCACAGCCACGGUCACAGUUUAGUCAAACGCGAAGAGAAAGCCAGAGGGACGAGCACCAGAAAGUUCGACAAAUCCGAGAGGGCGACGUCGUUGCCUUGCCGACCGGAGUAGUUCAAUGGGUUUAUAAUAACGGAAGGACUCCUCUAGUUCUAGUUGUUGCUGUCGACACCAGCAAUCGGAACAACCAGCUCGACCCGAAUGCCAGAUUAUUCCUCGUUGCUGGAAACCCGCAAGAAGAAUUACAGAGCCAGAGAGGUGAAUUCGGGAGAGGUGAGGCGGGGAUGGACCCAAGCCGGAGGCCGGGCAGGCGGGAAAGAACUGGAAACGUGUUUUCAGGCUUGGACGAGCAGUUGCUAGCUGAAUCUUUCAACAUCAACACUGACCUUGCAAGAAGGCUAAGGGGUGAAGAAGAUUUUAGGGGCAUUAUUGUGAGGGUACAACGUGAGCUUCAGGUGGUAACCCCACAACAAAGCGCAGAAGAAGAAAGACAAAUAAGAGAGGAACAAAGCCGCGAAUCCCAAACAGGAACAGGUGGAAGCGGCGGAUACAUUAAUGGCGUAGAGGAAACAUUCUGCGCACUCAGGCUGCAACACAACUUGAACGACCACACAGAAACUGACGUCUUCAACCCACGCGCCGGCCGCAUCACCAACGUCAACAGCAACAACCUCCCCGUCCUCUCUAGACUCCAACUCAGCGUUCAGAAAGGCAUCCUCUACAGGAACGCAAUGCUGGCACCAUACUGGAACGUAAACGCCCACGCCGUCCACUACAUCGUGAGAGGAAAUGGUCAAGUCCAGGUGGUGGACGAUAAUGGGAACACAGUAUUCGAUGGGCAGGUUCGGGCAGGUCAAGUUAUAACAACCCCACAAAACUUCGCUGUGGUGAAGAAGGCAAGCGCAGCAGGGUUGGAAUGGGUAUCUUUCAAGACUAAUGACAAUGCUCGAAUUAACCAACUAGCCGGUCGGGUGUCAGCAAUGAGAUCAAUGCCGGUGGAUGUGGUGGCAAACUCAUACCAGGUUUCCAGGGAGGAAGCCAUGAGGCUGAAGGAGAGUAGGGAGGAAAUGACAGUGUUGAGCCCUUGGUCUAGGUCUCGAUUCAAUGUUACUGAGGGCAGUGAAUAAAUUAAACACUGCAAAUAUGCAAUUUUAAUAAUUAAAUAAGCCUUAUAGGGCAUAUGAGAAGUAGACUCAUCUCCCUUAGUUUGUUUUACUACGAAUGUUGAUGUACAUAGCAUGCGGCAGAAUGAAGUCUAGCUAGCUAUCAGAGUACGAGUAAAUAAACGCCAAUAAAAAAUAUAUAUGUAUUACUUCAAAU